GUUGGGACGACCCAAUACCGUCGCAUAUGUCCGACAAAUGGCACAAAUUUUUAGAUUCUCUUCAUGAGAUACCGAAAAUUACAAUCCCUCGUUGGCUGGGGAUGUCUAGUCAAAGUGGACUUGAGAUUCAUGGAUUCUCAGACGCUUCCCAGAAAGCCAUGGCUGCUGUUGUUUACUUUCGUGUCACGGAUCCGACAGGACAUACCUCUGUUCACUUUGUUUCGUCUAAAACAAAAGUCGCCCCUUUGAAACGACUCACUGUUCCAAGGUUAGAACUCUCUGGAGCCGUUUUACUCACUAAGUUAGUUUCCCACAUUCUGUCUAUACUUGAUUUAGCUGACUCACCUGUCGUGUUAUGGACUGACUCAGCUAUUACUCAGGUUUGGCUUAACAACCAUCCCUCAAGAUGGAAAGAAUUCGUACGUAAUAGAGUCAGCUUCAUUCAUGAAACGUUACCUCAGGCUGUAUGGAAAUUUGUUCCCGGCUACCAGAAUCCCUCGGAUAUCGCUACCAGAGGUGCUACGCCCUCUCAGCUUUCAAACCAUGUAGAAUGGUGGAACGGCCCUCUUUGGUUAUCCCAAGAGAAAUCCUCUUGGCCACAAGUAAUUGCUCAGACGCGUCUUAAUGACAAUCUCGAAGAACAGACCGUUACGGUAAACUUGAUUACUACUCACAAGGUCCAAGAGUGGAGUCUUAUUGCUAGAUAUUCUAGUUUAAUUAAGCUCUGCCGGAUUACUGCCCUUUGCCUAAGAGCUGUUAGUCGAUUCCGAAAUACUCCACAGACGACUCUGUCACCUUCUCUGACAACAGCAGAAUUGAAUAAAGCUAAGAUGUUUUGGGUGCAUGCUACGCAACGAGUUUUCUUUUCUGAAGAACUAAAUUGUCUUACGAAAGGGAAGUUGAUUUCUCGGUCAAGUCCUCUCAUUCGUCUUACACCGUUUGUAGACGCGUCAGGCUUGUUACGAGUAGGCGGACGUCUACAGAACGCUCUGUUAAGUGAGGAUGAAAAGCAUCCUUUGAUUUUACCUCGAAAGUCAACCUUGACAACUUUGGUUAUAGCUGACGCCCAUCAGCGAGCCUUUCAUGGAG